AUGCCAUCAAUAUUCGGCAAAAGUCAUCUUUAUCGUUAUGAUAUUCAAGGUGGUGCUAAAAGUCAUUAUCUUGUUUUUGUUCAUUUACCUUGUUUACAAACACAUCUUAAACAUUUAUAUCAUUUAUCAUUAUUACCAUUUAUUGAAUAUGAACAACAAACAAUUGAAUGUUUAAUGAAUUAUAAUAGUUUAACACGUGAUUGUAUUAAUUAUAUUUUACAACGACUUCAUAUACAUGAUCGUACAAUUUCAAAUUGUUUUGGUUUAUCAUAUUUUAAUAAAAUAAAUAAACAAUGUUAUUGGCUUGAUCCUGAUAUAUCUAUGAAACAACAAAUACCUAAAUCAGAAUUAAAACCAAAUUUAACAUUUACAAUAUUACUCUAUCCACCAGUACCAUAUGCAAUUACAGAUGAAAAAGCUCGAUUAAUUCUGUAUCAACAAAUCUUUUGCAAUUUUAUUUCAUCAAUCUAUACAAUACCGAUAAAUCUUGUUGAAACAUUAUCAGCUUAUUUUCUUCGAGGUUGUUUUGAAAAUAAAUUCAAUGCUGAUAAAAAUCAUGAUAUUCUUCAAUUGAUUAUAGCUGCUGUUGGCCUUUCAGAAGAAAAAACUGAUAGAAUAAAAGAGAAAAUUAUUGAAUUAUAUCGUGAUUUAAAUGAUAUUGAUUUACGAUCAGCACAAAAUCAAUUUGUUCAUCAAAUAUCACAAAUAAAUACAUAUGGAAUGAUACAUUUUGAAAUAAAGAAUGCACUUAAUGAAGCAACAUGUCUUGGACUUAAUCAUCAUGGUAUUCAUUCUCGUUCAUUACUUCGAAAUGAAUUUAAACUUGAAGCUUGUUGGCAUAAUGUAAUAUCAAUUUUAUCGAAUAAACAACAUUCAACAAAUUAUAAUCGUUAUUGUCUUCGUCUUUUUCUAUUAUUUUCACAUCAUUUUUCUAAAUUUAUACCAAAUGAAAUUGAAAACAUUCCAAAAUUAAAUACAUUUCCAAUAAAAAAACAAUGUUUAGUACAUGGUGCAAGUGUACCAGAUCUUCGUUCUGAUGGUGAAUCAUUAAGUAAUGAUUGUACAUCACCAUCAGCUUCAUCAUCAACACGUUCAUCAAAUAAUAGUUCAAAUAUAUGGACGGGUAGUUUACCAAAUUUAACUAUAGAAUUAACAACUCGACAACAAACAAAUGAUAUAUUUAAAAAAAAGAAUGAUCCAUAUGCAACAUUUUCUGAUAAUCUUAAUCAUAUUGAUGAACAAGAAACAAUUUCUUCAAUUCCAAAAAAGGAAGUAGCAUUACGACAUUCAUUACCAGUUCCAUAUCAAUCUCAAUCACCAAUGAAUAAUAAAUUAUCUCAUUAUUCUUUGCUCAUGUCUACUCCCAGUCUUGGUUUAACAUGUUCUCUUGCUACAUUUGAUAAAACUUCUAUAUCACCAUCGAUGAUAAAUAUUUCGAAAAUAUCAUCAUCAUCAUCAAUUAAUCUUUCACCAUGUUUUUCAUGUGAAUGUCUUCAUCGAGGUGAUAAAGAUUCGCUUCUACAAUCACCUUUGAAUAUAUCAACAAUAACAACCAAUAGUCGAUCAUUAUUGAAUUCAAGAACAUAUCUUUCAUCAACAUCAGUACCACUUGAAGUUGAUACUAUUAGUGUUCAUGAUGAUGAUGCACCAACAGAUAUUUGGUUAGCUGAUUUUGAAUCGAAAUUAUUCAAUAAUAUUGUUUAUGAUGAAUUUGAUUCUAUACCACUUGCUCGUAUUAAUAGUUCAAUUCAAGAUGGACGAUUAACUGAAAAUACUCGUCGUAAUCGAUAUGUUGAUGUUAUACCUUAUGAUGAUACACGUGUUCGAUUAAUACCAACAAAAGAUAAUUUACAUGGUUAUAUAAAUGCAUCACAUGUUAAAAUUCGUAUUGAAAAUACAAUUUAUUCAUAUAUAGCAGCUGAAUCUCCAUUACCAUUAACUGUAUAUGAUUUUUGGCGAAUGAUAUCUGGUAGUAAUAUACAUGUUAUUGUUAUGUUAAUUGGUAAUGAUCCACAAUUAUGUGCAAAUUAUUUUCCAAGAAAUAAAAAUGAAAAAUGUCGAACAGAUGAAUUUGAAAUUGAAUUAAUAUCAGAACAAAAUCGACAAGAUUAUCAUAUACGUCAUUUACGAAUGAAAUUUAUUAAUGGACAACGAAUACGUACUAUUAUUCAUUUACAAUAUAUUGCUUGGGAUGAUGCACAAUUACCACUUGAUACAAAAUCAUUUAUUGAUUUUAUUAAUGUAGCAAAUAGUUUUCGAAGACAUUAUGGUGAAACUAAUCCAUGUCUUGUUCAUUGUACGGCUGGUAUUGGUCGUACUGGAAUUUUUAUUCUAAUUCAUGUAAUGAUUCAAUGUAUCACAUUUAAUAAAAAAGUAAGUGUAGCAAGUGUAUUAAAAGUAAUGCGUGAACAUCGAAUGUCACUUGUCGAUCGUACAUAUUCAUAUGUUUUUGUUUAUCGUUGUCUUAUUGAUUAUUUAAAAACAUCUAGACUAAUCUAA